GGUUUUAAAAGUGCCGGCUGCAAGUACGAGACGGCAACAGUGCUCUAACAGACGUCAAGCAAAGAUGGCGCUUCAUCAGAAUCAGUGGAAUGGAGCUUCUUCGAAUAUACGUAAAUUUACCGAAGAAGAACGGCAAGAACUUCGUGAGCAGUUUGCCAGCGUUGAUCGCGAUGGCUCCGGUUACAUCGAACUGGCAGAAUUGAAACAAGCGCUCGAUAUUUGCGGUUUUAAAAUUCCCUCGUACGAGGUGCGCCGGAUGAUCGAAGAAGUUGAUCGAGAUCAAGAAGGCCCUGGCAAAGGAAGACUAUCAUUUGAUGAAUUUGAACACUUGUGUGCCAAGUUGAAAUCGCAGGAUGUGGCUGCCACCUUCAAGAAAGUCGUAUCGAAGCCGGAAAAUUUGCACACGAUCGGCGGCACUUCAAAUGCUUCGUCAGAAGGCACCACCCACACGAUUCGAAUGGAAGAACAAUUGGCCUUUUCUGAUUGGAUUAACACAAACCUCGGCGAUGAUAAAGACCUUAAACACCUGUUGCCCAUCGGUUCGACUGGCCGAAGUCUUUUCGAGAAAGUCAAGGACGGCAUUCUGCUAUGCAAAAUCAUCAAUCAUUCUUGCCCGGAUACGAUCGACGAACGAGCCAUUAACAUGAAGAAUUUAACUGUGUACACGAUGCACGAAAAUUUGACGCUAGCCCUCUACUCGGCCCAGUCGAUUGGUUGCAAUAUCGUCAACAUCGACGCUCACGAUUUGAGUAAAGGCAAACCUCAUUUGGUUCUUGGUCUCCUCUGGCAAAUUAUCCGGAUUGGUUUGUUCAACCAAAUUACGCUGGAACACUGCCCGGGUCUGACCAACUUACUGGGAGACAACGAACGUAUUGAAGAGUUGAUGAAACUCUCGCCGGAAGCCAUCCUGCUCCGUUGGGUCAACUACCAGCUGGAAAAGUCGGGCACCAACCGACGCUGCGCCAAUUUCAACUCCGACAUUACCGACUCUGAGGUGUACACAUACCUGCUGAAGCAGAUCGCACCACUCGAUGCCGGCGUCACGAUGGAAGCCUUGAGGGAGAACGAUUUGUUGCGUCGCGCCGAGUUGAUGCUCCAACAGGCGGAUAAGCUUGGAUGCCGCAGUUUUUUGACGCCCAAGGACGUUGUCGAUGGCGUCUACAAGCUCAAUUUGGCCUUCGUCGCCAACCUGUUUAACAACCAUCCCGCGUUGCAUGCCGAUUCCUCCGUUCCAUUCGAGGCUCUUGAGAAUUUAGAGGAGAGCCGAGAAGAGAAGACAUACCGCAACUGGAUGAACUCUUUGGGUGUGGCACCCUACGUUAAUUGGCUAUACUCUGACCUGGCUGACGGCCUGGUCAUCUUCCAGCUCUACGACGUCAUCAAGCCAGGCAUCGUUAACUGGAGCCGUGUGCACAGAGAGUUUUCCAAAUUGAGGAAAUUUAUGGAAAAGUUGGAGAAUUGCAACUACGCAGUCGAACUGGGCAAACAACUCAAGUUCUCUCUGGUCGGCAUCGCUGGCAAAGACAUUAGCGACGGCAACCCAACCUUGACGCUUGCUUUAAUCUGGCAAUUGAUGCGAGCGUACACGUUGUCAAUUCUAACCCAAUUGGCCGAUACGGGAAGUCCGAUCGUCGAAAAAGAGAUUAUCGACUGGGUGAACAAUAAACUCGCCCAAGGCAAGAAAACAACAUCCAUCCGGAAUUUCCAGGACUCUUCCAUCGCCAAAGGUCGAGUGGUCAUCGACUUGAUCGACUGCAUCAAACCGGGCACGAUCAAUUACGAUUUGGUACGCGAGGGCGGGUCGGACGAAGAUAAUCUGGCCAACGCCAAGUACGCCAUUUCUAUGGCUCGCAAGAUCGGUGCCCGUGUCUACGCUCUGCCCGAGGACAUUACUGAAGUCAAGCAAAAAAUGGUCAUGACGGUCUUCUCGACACUGAUGGCUAGAGAUUAUGUUCCCAACAUGGACAGCAAAAACAAUUGAGGUGGAGAAAAACAAAAGAUAAAUCUUUUUGUUUCUCUCAAAACUGUUUACUAUUAUUGGCAUGUAAGCGCCUACGAAAAUAUCCGAAGGCUAUAAACAAAUCAUGCGGUUAAAAA